CUAAGAAACAUACGGAAACUUAACAUGGAAAAUUUGGAAGAAGGAACAAGACUGCUUCGACUCGAUCAUGGGAUGUGUUUGCAAUUUGAACUGCUGACCAUAUAAAAUUACUUUUCUUUGCUUUCAAGACUUAAUUAAUUAUUGUCAUUAAUGACUAACCACGUCAAGGAUAAUUAAAAGGACCAGCAACAGUUGCUAGGCGAUUAGACAAACUCCUUUUAAUAAGCAAAACCUGAUCCCUUACUUUCCAAGCAAUUGUAGCAAGUUCUUCAAGCAUUGCCAAUUAGCAUUCUUCGACGUCAUACCAUAAACAAAGCCUUUUCGUAUUCAUCCAAACCUUUUCCCUACUCAUCUACGUCAAACCAUGAAGAAAAACAAUUCUUAAAUAAAAAAUUUAAUUCAAUUGAUUUAUAGAAUCACUUAUAAUAAGUGAUAUGUAACAAAUUUAAAAUUUAAAUCUCAAUAUUUAUAAUUUUUUCUUUUAUUUUCAAGUUGCAACCUAAUAUUUGUAUAUAUAAAAAAAAUUAUUGUGGUUUACAUUUAUGAUAAAAGUAUUUUGUGCUAUAAAUUUGGUGAGUGCAGAAUUUAAUUUCAUUUACCGAAUAAUCUUUUUGCCAAAUCUAUUCUUUACUGAAAGUGGAUAAAUCACUAUCUUGUAAAGUUGCAUACAAAAAUAUUGGGCGAAUCUGAAAACAACAAAGAAAUUGGCAUGCUUGGAAACAAAGCGAACCAGAACCGCAAUCUGGAACGGAUUGUCAAGAUAAACAUAAGCAAAAUGCAAUGAAAUAAACCACUUUUGUACCUUAUAGGUGGAAACCAACUCUAAAAUUGACUAUGGCUACAUGUCAACGUGAAAGCCUCAAUGAAUGUGAUUAUGUCGCAAGCUAACCAAAGAUGUCCAAGAUAUCAAGUUACUUGUACAUACAAGUUUGGUAAUCUUAAACGCGUUUACGUGACCUGAAAUGUUCCUUUAUAGCAUCACAUCAAGUAUUGUUCUAGAUGAAAGUUUCCUACUAAGAUAUAUAAAAAUAUAUUCUCUCCCAACUUUGGCAUGGUAAGAAAACUUCUCUUACAGGAGCAAAAGUUGAAGAGUGAAACGAACCUGAAUUGCACAUAGCUGAAGAUUUGGCACAAGGCAUCAUUGAUAUAGUUUUUGUUAUUCUUCGCCUCAGGUAAUGGCACUCCUGGUAUUGGCAAUUGUGAUUGCUGCAAUGAUAAGCAAAGAAGCCUACUUCGUCCAUGGUGAUAUUGGCACUGCAUCAUUCUAUAACCCUCCCUAUAUACCAACUAAAUGUGAUGGUAAUAGAGAAGAACAGUUUCCACCAGGUAAUCUUUUUGUAGCUGUUAGCGACGGAUUAUGGGAUAACGGUGCUGCUUGUGGGAGGCGCUACAGAUUAAGAUGCCUGAGCGGUCCCAAGAGACCAUGCAAGCGUAGAACAAUUGAUGUCAAAGUGGUUGAUUACUGCCCUGUCACACCAUGCCCCUCUACAAUUAUGCUGUCCAGGGAUGCUUUUGUAGCUAUUGCACAUCAUGGAAGGAAAAUCAACAUUGAAUAUAUACAGAUUUGAGAUAGUAGCUAGCAAGUGUAAAAUCAGAUCAAAGUACCAGCUUCUGCCUCUGUAAGAAGAAACAUACAUGCAAGGAACAAAUUAGAAGUGUAAUAAAGAUGCUGAUAGAUGGAAAUAUCAGUAACUUUAGCAAUAACUAUUUUAGGCUGUUACAUAUAAGGACAGAAAUCAUGUGGGAGAUCACAUGCAGUUAUCUACGUUACAUAAUACGACAUUUGUGUUGUUUAUAAGUAAUGUAAGUACAGUUUUGCUCUAA